CUAGCUGGCCGAUCAUAUAGCACAAGUAUAUGGAGAAGCGACAAGUUAAGAAGUGAAGAAGCAAACAGAAGUCACGUUUUCCCAAGUCCUCCUUUCUGCAACUUGACCUCAACGAAUACUCCUCAUCCCGAAUCAAGCCUACCACUACGCAACUACCAACAGACAUGCACUUUCUGGUCACAGGAGCGUCUGGUCUUGUCGGAGGCCGUACAGUCGACUAUAUUCUGUCUCUUGGUGGACACUCCGUCCUGGCCACGGACAUACGACCCCGACCGGACGAUGCCAAACCCCUCCCUACCGGCAGCCAGUUCUUCCAAGCCGAUCUGACCUUGGUCAAAGAGGUCGAUGCCCUGUACGACGCUUCCGAACGCCCUAUCGACGGCGUCAUACAUAUGGGCGCCAUACCCAACCCGAUCAAUAUCGAUGCGAGACUUUGUCACAACAUCAACGUCACGGCUGGGUACAACAUGAUGUACACGGCGGCGAGUCGGGGGAUCAAGAGGAUCGUACAGGCUUCGAGCGUGAAUGCGACGGGGUUGUCGUACUCGGAUAGCGAGCGGAGGGCGAAGAAUUUUAGGGAAUUGGAGUUUGGGUUGCCUUUGAAAGAGGAUGAGACUCCCUUCCUCCCGGAGGAUGCCUACAGUCUAUCAAAAUACAUCUCUGAAAUCCAGUCCGAUGCCCUGUGCAGGCUCUUCCCCAACCUGCGUAUCGCUUCCCUACGUUUCCACCACGUAUGCGAUGAGAAAUUCGCUGUCGAACGAUCCACCCACCGAGAUUUCUGGAGCUGGACAGAGACGGAAUCAGCCGCCCGGGCUUGUUUCCUUGGAAUCACCGCUGAGGAGGAAGGCUUCUUACGGGGCCACGAAGCGUUCUUUAUCACCUGCGAUCACCUGAACGUAGGCGAUGCGAUGAAGGAACUAGCAUGGGAUCGGGGGAAAUCAGAGGGAGAGGUACAGAUCUAUGAGAAGUUGAAGGAGGUGGAGUUUGACAAGAUCGGAACGAAGGAUUUGGUCGAAGCGGCUUAUGCUGGAGUCAAGAUCAAGGAUGGGUGGUUGGUCAAGCCGGACGAUAGGCGAGGAUUGUUUGACAACAGCAAGGCGGCGAGGUUGCUAGGAUGGAAGCAUGAUGUAUAGUAUCCGAUCAUCCCUUGGCAGGCUCACGAGACGCCCUUGACUCAGUCGCUCGAAGCGCAGCGAGGUAUCUACUCCGCGCUCAUCAAGGAUACGUAUGUCUGAAGCUAUAUCGAGCUGUUUAAGUCUUUCCGGGCACUGUCCUGACGGC